UUUUGCCUCAUGGACUGGUUCACUCUGAUACGGCGAUACUUCGACUUUGUUUACUCUUGCUUAACGGGUUACGUCUAUUUUCUCUAUACAAGACGAUUUACUAAACGGAAGCCUCGGAAGGACCUCACUCCUCUUGAUGACAUAGCUCAAAUCAGUCCUAGUAUCACUCGAGUGCUGGGCCAGAAUCCAGGACCAUUUACUCUGCAGGGAACUAACACUUACUUAAUUGGAAAAGGCAAGAGAAAAUUUCUGAUAGAUGCCGGAGAGAAAAACAAUAUGAGGUAUAUCCCUAAGCUCAAGGAAGCUCUGGGUGAUGCUACGAUCGAAAGCAUUAUCUGCACGCAUUGGCACCAAGAUCAUACAGGAGGAUGUUCGUUGGUUGAAGAUCAUUUUCGAACUUCGAGUGGUAAAAGACCGCAAGUCUACAAGAUGAGACACGCAAAUAAAAACGUCAAAGGAUGUCGAUUUGUAGAUGAAGGAUACGUUUUCAAAGAGGAUGGAGUCACAUUGAGGGUUAUUGAGACCAGGGGCCAUACAUCUGAUCACAUUGCUUUGUUUUACGAAGAGGAAGGCGUACUGUUCAGCGGUGAUUGUAUUUUAGGAGAGGGUGCUAGCAUAUUUGAGAAUCUUAGUGAUUACAUGCGAUCACUGAAGAAGCUUCUGAAUUUGCCUUGUAAGCUAAUUUGCCCUGGUCAUGGUCCAUUGAUCAGUGACGCGAAAGGGAAGAUAGAGGAAUAUAUUGAGAGACGACAAAAACGGGAAAUACAAGUUCUAAACUAUCUUCAGCAGGUUGGACAAGCCAAUCCGCUUGAAGUCACGCGGGCCCUCUAUAAAGGCCUACCAAGAAACGUGCAUGUGGCCGCAUUCGUCUCGGUUCGGCUCCACUUGGCAAAAUUGAAGGAUGAGGGGAAGCUCAGAAAAACGGGUUUCAUCGAUUAUGUCUAUGUGUGCUCAUGAUUUAACUAUUGCAACGAAGUAAUUCAAUAAUUUAUUGAGAGAUAUUGGUGUUAAUAUGCAUUGACACAAGACAAGUCCGCC